GAGCGAAUGGCAAGAAAGCGAUUGGCUGUGAGUCGCUUCGCUGCUAUGGGAAUGGAACGUUACUCCAGAGCCAUAUAAAAAUAUGGUUCUGCGUAUAAAAAAUCUAUAGAUGUGCGUUACUCCCAGCAUGAAUGAUAUGUUGUUGUGCGAUUGGCUGAAGUCGAAAACGUCUGUUAUCAUUUCGCCCUUUACUCACACCCCCUCAGCGCUGUACAGGGAGCGGCGGAGAGAGGAGGAGAAUGGGCUUUCGUUUAGUAACUGCAGCGGGGAAAUGUAUGGUGCUACGCAGUUACUUAAAGUGAACAGUUAGCUAGACUGCUAGUGUUAUUUUUUUCGAUUAUUCCGUAAGAAAUUGGGGAAAAGAAACGAGUUUUAAAAUGAUUAUCCUUUAGACAUCGAUAAAGACCACCCCGAAAGAAGGCUGAAGAUGAAGAGUGUUUCACUGGAUUUCACCUGCUCAUCUAUAAGUAAUGGAACAGAUUCCAUUGACUCGAGGCUGAGGCCAGUGUCCCCUGCACCCAGCUUCAUGUCUCUGAACAGUAAUCAGUCAAUGAAUCAUCCAAUAGCUUUCAGCGAUGGAUCAAAUGCUGGUCAUUCAAGACCGAGGUCUGAGUGUCCAUCUAUGAAAAGUGAGCAGUCAAUGAAUCAUCCAGUAGCAUUUAGUGAUGGAUCAGGUUCAAGCAGGUCUAGAGACAUGAAACAGAGACUCUGCAACAUACACAACAGACCUCUGGACAUUUUAUGCAAAACUGACCAGGAUUUCAUUUGUCUAAUCUGUAUGAUGGAGGAGCACAAAACUGAUAAUGAGCGAGCUGAUGGUGAGCUGUCUUACCUGUUAAAAUAUGUCAGCAGAGUGCCUGAAAAAGAUAAUAGUUUGACCUUUGUGGAGGUAGCUGCACUUGGUCGGCCGUUGCAUGUGGGGACGUUGUAUGACUGCCGCAAUGAUUCUUUUUUCUCAGAUGAUGCUCUGUGGGAUGUGGACACUGUGUCUUCUUCAAAAGUGUCUCUCUCCCAACCCCACACGGAUGUAAGGAUAUUAGAGGGAGAUUCUCUGCAGGACAGACUUGAAUCUCUGGACCUGACCACAGCUCUAAGAGCUAGUGUUGUAUCAGGGCUGGUAAAUGUGAUGAAAGCUGCUGCUUUUCUGGAACACCCUGCUCAGUCCCAGCUACAGGACCGAAUCACUUUGCACUACAGAACCUCCACCAGACUGGAACUGCUUGGUCACAGACUGCUACACAGUGGAGCUCCUCUCUUAGUGACCAAUCAAAACUCAGCAACACAUGUGGUUGUAGCUGUGCUGUACGGAGGCCAAAGCUUUUUCGUCUUUGAUAAGGAGAGUGACAGCAGCGAAGGUGUUCAAGAGCUCAAGGCUGCAGUCAGCAAGAUGAUCACUUGCUCAAAUGCAGCUGAACUUCUCUCUGAGGAAACAAGCUUUGCCUCGUGUAAAUGUUCUGUUUACACUGAUGCCGAAGAUUUUACUCUUGUGGACUUUAAAACAGCUGUGACACUUUACAGCUGCCACCAAAAGCUCCUAGGACCACAAGGUGAGGAAGGAGGUCCUCUUAAAGUCUGGCUCUACCCUCUGAAAAACCUUAAACAGACACCUGCGUUUGUGCCUCAGGAAAUUAGUGAAGACUUGUUGCACAAAGCAGAGAAUGUUCUGAACCAUCUGGAGUAUCUGAAAGCAGAUCAAGGCAUUUGUCUGGACACGAUGUCCAGUUUCUCUAAUCUUUUUGGAAUUACCUGGAUUGUAGCCCUAAAAAACACACUUUCUAAAUUUUCCUUGCUUCUGAAGCAGUACCAAAGAGCAUUUCAGAGAGGACUGGCUUCCUGCAUUAAGACCAUACGAGAGAAAGGAGAGGAAGGACAGGAGAAUCUGAGAGACCUUCUGAGGAGGAACACACAGUCACCUUUCAGUCCACAGAACUUGAAUCAGUGGCUCAGAAACAAAGAAGCUGAAGUGAGGGCUUUAAAUGAAUGCAGGUCUGCCAACAUCACCAUCAUAAAAACACAAGAUGAUCUGAAGCGCGUCAUUGAAGAUUCCCAAGCUGGUGGAGUGUUGUGUUUCGCUCUUACUUCACUGGAGGGUGAAGAUCAGUUUCUGUCUGCCUUGAAACAGCAUAUCCAUUUACUGAUUAUGGACAACACACAAGCUGCACAAGCACCGUUCAGGCUUCCUGAUGUCAGUCAGAAAAUCCUUUCUGACCUUUGCUCAUUUCUUUUCACUAGAGAAGUUGAGGAACAUGCAGAGAAAACCAAGUUCAUUGCAGCAUGCUUACCCAAUGAACGAUUUCCUGGCUCCUCAAUUUACCUUUACCAAAGUGGGAAAGUUGUGAGUCAGAAUUUGAAAGUUGAUAUAAAACCAGCACCUGUAGAAAUAAUUACAGUGAAGCAAACUUGUGUUACCUUGAAGUUGCAGAGUUUGAAGAUGGCAUUUGCUGAUCGGUACAGACUAGAGUAUAAAGCAGUGAGCUGCAGAGGAACGACCGGCACUGAGCCAAAAUGGAAAGCCAUUGAAAUCUGGAGAACUGGAUCAAAUGUUGUGGUUUUAGGUGUCAAUCCAGGGACACAUUACCAGCUCAGGCAUGCUAUAAUGAACAGUGACAGCAUGAGUGACUACAGCAGAAUCACAGAGUUUCAGACACUUGCUAGAGCCAGACCUGGACAGCCAACUGUGAUGAAACAGAAAACUCUCUCACUAUUUCCUGGUGCUGCGCGAAAAGUGAUGUUGACUCUCCUGUGCUCUGCUACAUGGUGGAGUAUAGCAAAGCUGGUCUGGAGGGUUGGCAGUCAGUUCUAACAGAGGGUCCCGAGUGUGAAUACACCAUAACCCUUCCCUACGGCACCUGCUACAGAUUCAGAGUCUCUGCUGUCUAUGAAGAGGGGGACUCCAGCAAACCCAGUGAAGAAACCAAUGUGCAACUGGAUGUGAAGAAUCCAUUACAGCUGACAGACUGGACGGAUGUAGAGAAUGAGGAAAGGACCUUUCUUCAGUGUCUCCCCUACAUCUCGCAGCUCAGGUUCGUUGAGCUCCAGCAGGGGACAGCAGCAGCUCUGCUUUCUGCUCUCCAGGACAAACUAGACUUCCCCUGCUGCUGCUGUCUGGACCUUAUAGAACACAUACCCAGAAACACUAUGAGCACUGAGGAAUGCAGAGUCAUCUCCUUAGGCAUUCAGGGAGCCUCCACACACACUCGGCUCAUUCAGCAGGACUGCGAGAUAGAGGAUGCAAAACUGAAGAAGCUCUUCAGAGUUUUACGCACAGACUGGACUGCAGCAAAGCUUCCGUUCCUGGCUCUUGUCAGUGUGGGCUCUGCUUGAAGAACUGGAAAUCAGUUGGCAAAGCUGUACCUGCAGGUCCUGAGUCCAGAGCAUUGAACCUGAUGCUAUUACUGUAUGAUUACAUUUGAGAAGUAAUAAUGAUCGUUUCCUUGUAAACUGACUUUUAAUUUUUUUCCAUGUAAAAUUGACAAAUUCUUAAUAGUAGACAAUUUUAGUGGCACUACAAUUUCACACAGAGAUAGAACAUCGGAAGACAGUGGCUUGGGCCCUAAAAUAUAGUUCCUCCUGAAACUCAGCGUAAAUGUAUUGUAUGCAACAUCUAUAUGACUUGCAUUUAUCCCAUAUCUGCAUACAGUAUGUACCCAUUUCUGCUCACAGAUUAGGACUAUAGUUUGAUAUAAAAUGCAGAGAUUGUCGGUGUAAACCUGAUGUGGAAAAACUAAUCUGUGCCUUUAUCUCCAGCAGAAUUGAUUACUGUUUUAGUCAACUAACUGGUCUUCCAAAAAAUACAACCAAACCAAAUUGUAGAAUGCAGGUGCUAAAGUUCUUGACAGCAACACGUCCCUAUUGCUGGUCUAUACGUGUCUCAGUGGGACCAGCAUAUUUAACUGAUUUGAUGCAGAGAUAUGAACAGAGAAGACCCCUUAGAUAUUUAGGAAUGAGUCAGUUAGUCCAGCCUAAGGUAAAAGCUAAACAUGAAGUGGCAGUGUUUAUCUACUUUGCUGCUGUUAUUUGGAACCAGUAGAAUAUGCAGUUUAUUGUAAUUUAUUAUUCAUUUUCAAUUAUUUUUUAAAGCUUUCUUGCUUUUACUGUUUAUUAUGUCUUUGUAUAUUUUUCACAUCUAUUUAGUUUGUAUGCCUUUGUGUGUUUUCCUUGUUCAUGUAAAGCACUCUGGAUUACCACAGUGUCAAACAUGUGAAAACAAAGUUGUUCUAGUGGAACAGUAUUUUAUAAUUGCAGUUUAAUUGUCAAAUGUGUUUUGCAUAUUGUGCUAUAAAAAAAAAAGAUUUAUUUUUUAUUAUUUUUGUUUAAUAAUGUGACAUUUUAAAUAAGGAAUGCCUCUAAUAACAGUGCCUCUAAUUGAUGGAUACCAUGAAGGAAAAUAUUUCUUUCGCAUUUUUCUUGAUAUGCCCCUUUCAAGCUACUCGUACAUUUGUGUCACUACUGAAACGCAAGGCAACCACUGUACCAUUACACAAUAACUGUACACCUCUGCAUUGUUUUUGUUAGUAACGAAUUUAUCAUUAGGGUUAGACACACUGAACCAAAAGCCCACAUCAGUAUAACAAGCUUGAGUUGUUCAUUCACAGGGAGGAUUCCAGUUGAAGCAUCAAUACAGUAGUUUGUUCUUGUCCGUUAUAAUUUAUUUGUCCCUGAAAACAAAUCUCCUCCAUUAAACUACUACUUAACCAACUA